AUGUCCCGGGCUCCUGUCUCCGUGGACCACUUCAGAGCCGCCAUGUUGCUGAGCGGAGCAGGGGACGCUCUGGGAUACAGGAACCAGCUCUGGGAGUACAACGAGUCAGGACCAGCCAUCCACCAGGAGCUGCAGGAGCUGGGAGGACUGAAGAGCAUCAGAGCAGAGCUCCCAGACUGGCCUGUGAGCGACGACACGGUCCUACACCUGGCCACAGCUGAAGGGUUGGCCACUGGUAAAGUGGGAGAAGAGAUGCUCCAUGAAGUGGCCGGUCGAUACGUGGAGGGGAUGAAGGACAUGGAGGGGAGGAAACCAGGGCCGUCCAGUAUUCUCGGAGUAUCUCAGCUGCGGCCGGGCGAGGAGGGUGGGUACCGAGUGCCCUAUAACCCUGAGGGCACCGGCUGCGGAGCCGCCAUGAGGUCCAUGUGCAUUGGUUUAAGGUACCCGAAACCUGACCAGCUGCUGUCAUUAGUGGCCGUUGCCGUGGAGACAGGCAGAAUGACCCACCCUCACCCCACAGGCUUCCUGGGGGCUGUGGCGGCGGCUCUGUUCACAGCGUACGCCGCUCAAAGACGACCGAUAACAACGUGGGGUCUGGGUUUGAUCAACGAGGCCUGUCCCAUCGCAAGGAACUUUGUCCAGGGACGAGAAUACGCUGUGGAGGAGACGGAGAGAGACUGGGACUACUUCUGUGACAAGUGGCAGUGGUAUCUGGACCUGCGUGGCAUCUCUACUGGGGUGGGGCCUGUGGUGUGGCCUGAGGCGUACGGUCCUGCGGAGAGAGACGAGGCCUACAAGAGCUUUAGUCUGAAAGGAUGGGCUGGACGCAGCGGCCACGACGCUCCCAUGAUCGCAUAUGAUGCUUUACUGGGAGCAGGAGCGGACUGGGAGGAGCUGAUGAACAGGGCAGCUUUUCAUGGCGGUGACAGCGAUAGCACAGCUGUGAUCGCCUGCUGCUGUUGGGGCGUCCUGUACGGCACAAAGGGCGUCCCCGAAGGAAACUACGCCAAACUGGAGUACAGGGACCGACUGGAGAAGAGCGGGGAGCAGCUGUACGCCCUGUCACACUGA